AUGAGAUUUUGGGUCCUCUUAUCUUUGUUUUUUAUAAAUAUUUAUUUCGAAGUUUUGGGCAAUGGCAUAGGCAAUCCUUACUUUUUGGAAAAGCAGCGCUUUUUACUGGAAAUUCUGCAUCAUGUUCAGGAACCUUUGAUGAACGACCAAUGGAGAUUAUUGGGAGAGCAGUUGGUAACCGAUAAGGAUCAGUAUGUGGUAUUCAACGAUCACAUGGUCAAGUUCUUUAAUGCCUUCAAUUUGGGAAAUUUAUUACCCAGAAAGGAAUACUACAAUCCCCUUUAUGCAGAUCAUUAUCAACAGACGCUGGGACUUUAUCACUUUUUCUACAACACCAGGGAUUGGUAUACUUUGUGGCAAAACAUUUGCUGGGCACGAGUCCACAUAAAUCCGGGUAUAUUUGUCCAUGCUUUAACGCAAGUGCUGUUCAAAAGGGAAGAUUAUCAGGCUUUAAUCAUGCCCAAGGUCUAUGAAAUUUGGCCAGAAAUUUAUCACGAUGAAAAAACGAUAAGCAAGGCCAGGAAAUUCAAUUUUGCCAACUGGAUUCGAUUCGAAAAUGCAAGUGAUAUUCGGGAAAUAAUUCCUCAAAGAGUGGAACCUCAAAGUUUAAUGGGAGAUCUUCGAAGUUCUUUGGAAUGGUUUCAGGCAAUGUCAGAUGUAAAUAUACUGAGAAUAAAGCAACAGAAAAAGAGAAAUAAAAUCCAGUACUUGUUAGAGGAUAUUGGAUGGCAAUCCUACUGGUAUAAUCUGAACGUGGGCAUAGUUUUAUCCGAUGAUAACUCAUAUCAUUUGCAGGAAUGGUGGUAUUACAAAUUAAACCAGAUACUAGCUCGAUAUAAGCUCGAACUUUAUAGCCAAAAACUACCAUAUAAAAAGUUAACACCAGUAAAGUUUUUUACAAAAGGAAGAAAGCAACUUAAAGAAGAAUUCCCAAAGACCUCCAAAAAGCUUAUUAAAUAUCUGGAAAAAUUAGAAAGAAAAGUUGCUGAUGCCAUAUCUUUUAAAAGUUUUCAUCUACCAAAUGGUAGUUUUAUUAACCUGGAAGCAGAAAACAACUGGCUUAUUGGACUUGAACAGCUAUUCCCCUACGAUUGUACACAAUUAACCAUUAAGGAAUCUAUACAACCUGAACUUUUACCAGAUAUACGCACUCUACUGAGGUCAGAAAACUUUUACUUCUAUGCUGAUCGAAUUUUAAACUUAUACCGCUGGUAUCGUCAGGUGUUCUCUCCCUCUAAUCACACACUAUAUAUUCCCAGUGAUCUCCGCAUUGAGGAUUUGCGGAUAAGUCCCCUCAUCACUUACGAUCAACCGGUUGAUGUAGAUCUGAGUAAUGUCCUACAUGCCAAGCAUUUUUACUUGGCGGGCCAGUUUGUGUGGCCCUUCACUUUGCAAGAACGACAAAUGAGAUUGCAACAUAAAGAUUUCCGGUACAACCUUCAAGUCUCAAGCAACAAAACGCAAUCCACCAUUUUCCGUGUUUUUCUAACCACUUCUGAACGGGGAAGUAUUCAAAGGGAGCCCUUCUAUCAGCUGGACUCCUUUUUAAGAGUUCUAUAUCCAGGACUGAACAAGAUAUCCAGGGAAUCGAAGGAGUUUGGAGGGCUGAUUGGUGACCAUAUCUCGUACACCGAACUCCAUCAGUUUGUGAAGCUCGCGGAAAGGGAGGAAUUUGAUUUCCCCUUGAACAUUUCCACUCCGAAUUGUGGAUUUCCUAGCCGACUGAUCCUACCGCGGGGAGGUAAUGGAAAUCCUGUAAGGAUGCGUCUCCUGAUCCUGGCCACUGUCUAUGAUUUCAAGGCUCGGCAGGGCAAUGAACUCAAUUGUGACUUCGCCAAGGGUGUCAGUCGCUGGGACGAGUUGCCUUUGGCUUUUCCCUUCGAUCGAUUUCUGGAGGACGACACCCAAUCUAUGGAGAUCUCUGGUGAUCAUGUCUUCUGGAAAGAUGUAGAAAUUCUGCAUGAGGAGCACAAUGCAUAA